UCGCAUUCCUCCCGAGGCACGGGACACAGCUCCCCAUCCUCACGCGCGCGGCGAGUGAGCCCAUCGCCAUCGCCGCCACGUCACCCACCCUCUCCUCCUCCUCCUCCCGCCGCCGCCGCCGCCAUGGCCCGCCGCGCGCCGUCCACCGCCACCACCGGCGGCGCGGUCUCCACCUCCACGUCCACCUCGCCGGAGCUCCGGCGGAGGCGCACGGCGGCGCCGCCCCCGCCGCCCUCACCGCGCCGCUACUGCUCGAUCUCCGACGUCAUGCGGCGCUCCCUGCCCACCGGCGCGGCGCCCCCCAUGGCGCGCGCCGCCCGGCGGGAGGCCUACGAGGCCAUGCGGUGCGACGUGUGCGGGUCCGGGGAGCGGGACGAGGAGCUGCUGCUGUGCGACGGGUGCGACCGGGGGCGGCACAUCUUCUGCCUCCGCCCCAUCGCCGCCAGGGUCCCGACCGGCCCCUGGUACUGCCCGUCCUGCGCCCCGCGCUCCAAGCCCGUCAAAAGGUUUCCGAUGACACAGACGAAGAUCGUUGAUUUCUUUCGGAUUCAGAAGGGUGCAGAGGACGGCGAGGUGGAGAAAUGUAGCAUUUUUCAAGAUGUCAAGAAGAGAAGGAAGCGUCCCCUUGUUAUGCACAAGAAGAGGAGGAGGAUACUGCCAUAUGUACCAACUGAAGAUAAAGUUCAAAGGCUCAAACAAAUGGCUUCUCUAGCCACUGCCAUGACAUUUUCAAACAUGAAGUUCAGUAAUGAGCUGACCUACAUGCCUGGUAUGGCCCAGAGAUUGUCCAAUCAAGCAAGACUGGAACAAGGUGGUAUGCAGAUUCUUCCAAAAGAGGAUAAGGAAACCAUAGAACUUUGCAGAACCAUGCAAAAAAGGGGAGAAUGCCCUCCCCUCCUUGUAGUGUUUGAUUCACGCGAGGGGUUCACAGUGCAGGCCGAUGCUGAUAUUAAGGAUAUGACCUUCAUCACCGAAUAUACCGGAGAUGUUGAUUUUUUGGAAAAGAGGGCAAAUGAUGAUUGCGACAGUAUAAUGACUCUUCUUUUGACGGAAGAUCCUUCCAAAAGGCUGGUUAUUUGUCCUGAUAAACGUGGAAACAUUUCCCGCUUCAUUAAUGGCAUUAAUAACCACACUCUGGAUGGCAAGAAGAAGCAGAAUAUUAAAUGUGUCCGGUAUGAUAUAGAUGGUGAGAGCCAUGUCUUGUUGGUUGCCUGCCGUGAUAUAGCUUGUGGUGAAAAGCUAUAUUAUGACUACAAUGGAUAUGAGCAUGAGUACCCAACUCAUCAUUUUAUCUAACUUAGUCCUAGUUUUGUUACCUGCCCAACAUUAAGGAGCAUGGGCAAGUAUAGGGCUUAAUGGCAACAUUUUCAGCAUUGCCACCAAAAUCUAAUAAUUUAUAACAUUUAUCUUUGGUAAAAAUCAAAAUUUAAAACCAAUUUUCAGAAGCAGCCCUGAACGACAAAAAUGUAGGUGCUGGUGAUAUUAGGAGUGAGAGCUGUGGCUUCAUUCAGCUGUUGGGACAAGAGGAAUCUUCAUUUUUCCUGGUCACCAAGAUGCAAUGUUCUCAUUGAUAUUUUUUUAUUUAUUUAUUCUGGAGCUUUCUGCUCAAAUUCUCUUACUUUUUAGGAAUUUGCAACCCUUUUGUGGGAGUAAAUAUGUGUCUUUGUAUCUAUUUUAAAGAAUGAUGUAAUGAGGCUGUAACUGCUUCCAGUUAAUAAAGGCACAUUUUUAAUCGG